CCUGCCCUAGGGCUGCGGCGCCUUUGUGAGCGCGGCUGGCGGCCAGGAUCGAGCCCUGGCCCGGGCCCUGGCCCAGCCCGGCCUCCAAGGACCGCGCCGAAGGAGGUGCCCACCGGAGGGAGGAGGCGCUCCACUUUCUCAGGAUACUGUCCCUCUCCCAGAAAGGAGCUGAAGGAGUAGGACAGAAGAACUGUCAAAUUCUGGAAUCCUUAAAGCCAUGUCCAAGGAUUUGGUAACAUUUGGGGAUGUGGCUGUAAAUUUCUCUCAAGAGGAAUGGGAAUGGCUGAACCCUGCUCAGAGGAAUUUGUACAGGAAAGUGAUGUUAGAGAACUACAGGAGCUUGGUAUCAUUGGGAGUUUCUGUUUCUAAGCCAGAUGUGAUCUCAUUAUUGGAGCAAGGAAAAGAGCCCUGGAUGGUGAAGAAGGAGGGAACAAGAGGCCCAUGCCCUGAUUGGGAGUAUGUAUUUAAAAACAGUGAAUUUUCAUCAAAGCAAGAGACAUAUGAAGAAUCAUCCAAAGUUGUGACAGUGGGAGCAAGACAUCUUAGUUAUAGCCUUGACUAUCCCACUUUGAGAGAAGACUGUCAAAGUGAGGACUGGUAUAAGAACCAGCUGGGAAGUCAAGAGGUACAUCUUAGUCAAUUAAUCAUCACUCAUAAAGAAAUCCUUCCAGAAGUUCAAAAUAAAGAAUAUAACAAAUCUUGGCAAACAUUCCACCAGGAUACAAUCUUUGAUAUACAACAGAAUUUUCCCACCAAAGAAAAAGCACAUAAGCAUGAACCACAAAAGAAGAGUUACCGGAAAAAAUCUGUUGAAAUGAAACAUAGGAAAGUCUAUGUAGAAAAGAAACUUUUGAAAUGUAAUGAUUGUGAGAAAGUCUUCAACCAGAGCUCAUCCCUUACUCUUCAUCAGAGAAUUCAUACUGGAGAGAAACCCUAUGCAUGUGUUGAAUGUGGGAAAACAUUCAGCCAGAGUGCAAACUUGGCGCAACAUAAGAGAAUACAUACUGGGGAGAAACCCUAUGAAUGUAAAGAAUGUAGGAAAGCCUUCAGCCAGAAUGCACACCUGGCCCAACAUCAGAGAGUUCAUACUGGAGAGAAACCUUAUGAGUGUAAAGAAUGUAAAAAAGCCUUCAGCCAGAUUGCACACCUGACUCAGCAUCAGAGAGUUCAUACUGGAGAGAGACCUUUCGAAUGUAUUGAAUGUGGAAAGGCCUUUAGUAAUGGUUCAUUUCUUGCUCAGCAUCAGAGGAUUCAUACAGGAGAGAAACCUUAUGUGUGUAAUGUGUGUGGGAAAGCCUUUAGCCAUCGUGGAUACCUAAUUGUACAUCAGAGAAUUCAUACUGGAGAGAGGCCCUAUGAAUGUAAGGAAUGUAGGAAAGCCUUCAGCCAGUAUGCACAUCUUGCUCAACAUCAGAGAGUUCAUACUGGAGAAAAACCUUAUGAAUGUAAAGUAUGUAGGAAAGCCUUCAGCCAAAUUGCAUACCUUGAUCAACAUCAGAGGGUUCAUACUGGAGAGAAACCCUAUGAAUGUAUUGAAUGUGGGAAGGCCUUUAGCAAUAGUUCAUCACUUGCACAACAUCAGAGAAGUCAUACUGGAGAAAAACCCUAUAUGUGUAAGGAAUGUAGGAAAACAUUUAGCCAGAAUGCAGGCCUUGCUCAACAUCAGAGAAUUCAUACUGGAGAGAAACCUUAUGAAUGUAAUGUUUGUGGGAAAGCCUUUAGCUAUAGUGGAUCUCUUACUCUACAUCAGAGAAUUCAUACUGGAGAGAGACCCUAUGAAUGUAAAGAUUGCAGGAAAUCUUUCAGGCAGCGUGCACAUCUUGCUCAUCAUGAGAGAAUUCAUACUAUGGAGUCAUUCUUGACUCUUUCCUCUCCCUCACCCUCCACAUCAAAUCAGUUGCCAAGACCUGUAGGUUUCAUCUCCUGAAUAUGCCUGGAAUCCUCCUCUUUAAUCCAUUUCCAUUCCGUCAUCCUUGUCCAAUGCACAUUAAUAUAUUUGACAUGGGAUACUUGAGUAGCUUUCUAAUUGGUCUCCUUGUAUUCACCAUUGUCUCUGUGUCAGCUGUCCACAUUGCAACCAAAUUUGUAUUUUAAAAAAUAUGUUUAAUCUCAUUUCUCCCUCAUUAAAAUUCCUCAGUGGCA